AUGCACUCGCAGCCGGGAUUAAUAAAAGAAGUUAAGACAGAAAUUGAAGAUGUUGCACCUGAUGUUAUUCGAGGAGGUAUUGGCGAAGGUCCUCUUCAUCGUAUUGUUAGUCCAUCGAUUCAAGAAGAAGGGAGAAUGACUAAUGAUGCUCGAUCUGGUCACAAGAGGAAGAAAAUUAUUGAUUUAAGUAAUCAACCAACUUGCAACAUUGAUGUCAAUUUCCUUCUACAAGUCGCGUUUGCUUUUGAGGAAGUAAAUGCAAACCAAGAAGAAAGCACAAGAUCGGCGAAAAAAUCUAUUAGCAUGAGCCCAAGUCUUGAAUCGACCUUUCUAGCCAUUGUCAAAAAGCACGGAGACAUUACAAACGAUUGUCCGCUGGAGUCAGGUUACAUGCUGACUUCUGUUCUAGAAGCUAUAUGUAAGGCUGUCCAAGAGCUCCAACAGAAACAACUGACUCAAUUCAAUUGUGAUCUCUUGAGCUCCUAUUACUCCGUAGUCAGGGAUGCUGAGAAAAUGAAGGUGAAUGUCGACUGGUUAAGAACUCGACUUGAUGAGAUCAAAGAUGCGGUAAAUUGUAUUGUCGAGACAAAAAAGCUCAACGAUGAGAAGAAUAGGCUUGCAAAACAGAUUGAAAAUGAGACAAAGGAUCUCGAAUCAAUUAAUGCUGAAUUGGAGAAACUCCAGUCUGAAAUCGAAAGAAAGCAAAAUCUGCGCGACUUGGAUGUGCUAUUGACUGAAGAAGUGAGCAUUUUGAUCAAUGAUCGGGCACUCAAAAUUCAGCAUUUUCAAAACAUGCCGUUGAUGGAGGCAUUUCAGUAG